AUCACACCUUUGCAUCACUAUACCUACUCCAAAACCAUCUUCCACUAUGGCUCCCUUUUCAAACUACAUCUCUUUCCUUUUCUUGACAACCCUUUUGUUUGCUCUCCAAAUUACUGCCAGAGACAGCCAAUUCUUCAGCAAAGUCACACAUUCCAACAACAACAAAGAGACAGAAAUUCCCAACAAAGAAGAACCAAUUACAAACAAACCAGACCAACAACAACCACAUUUCAUUCCUGAGACUGAAAAUAGUUAUGGCUUAUAUGGCCAUGAUGACUCUGAUCAACUUCCUUCCACCACCACUGCCACUUACCAUCCUUCCAAGACUCAAUUUGAAGACACCAACAAAUACAACAACAAGUACUACAAUAAUGAUGCAUAUAACACAAAGUAUUACAACAAGGACACUUUUGAGAAUAACCAAAAUGAGUUCACUGAUGAAGAAUACAACUCCAUGGUUGAAAAACAGAACAACGAUCAAAAUUACUACAACAACAACAACAAUGCUGCCAGUGAAAGAUCAUUCCACACCAACAAUAAUCAUUAUCAUGCUGCUAAUAACAGGUACAAUGGUGAGAAGCAAGGAAUGAGUGACACAAGAUUUUUAGAAGGUGGAAAAUAUUUCUAUGAUGUAAACUAUGAGAAAAACAACAAUCCAACAUUCUAUAGUGAUUCAUUUAGAGGAAUGAACGCAAACAACAGGUACAACAACAGAGGUAAUAACUAUGAUAACAACAAUGAGUACUAUAACCAUAAUAAGCAUGGCAGCUACAAUGCUUACAAGAACCAAGAGGAGUUUGAAGAUGAACAAAAUGAAUUUGAGCCAUGAAAAUUUGGUUUUUUCAUUAGCAAAGUGAAAAAUUCACUUUACUUUUGAGUGUUUUUUAUAUGUGUGUUCUAUGUUUUAAUGUACUUUGCAUUGAAAAAAUGUUCAAAACAGAAAGGUACCUAAAAGAUAUAUUGGCUAAUUAAUUAUACUAUAUAAGAAGGGUUUUUUUUUAACUUAGAUGUAAUUCUAUAUGGUCUUGCAAUGUCUCUGGUAUGAAUUAGAUAUAGAAAGGCAUGAAGUACAAGAGCAUGAAUAAUUUUUGCUUAUAAUCUAUAUAUAAGUUGUGUAAUGUGAAAUUGUUUGAUUUGUUUCUUGUU